ACCGAGCUGGGAUCGGGCCCCGGGCGGGGGCGGUGCGAGCGGCGCCAAGCGGAUCCUGGGGGCGGGGACGGAGCCGGGGCGGGCGGGACUGGAGCGGAGGCCGGGAACUAGGCGGGAGGUCCCAGGGUCUCGGGUUAGGGGGGUGGAGCCGCACUUCGUCGCCGCGGGGGUGCCGGGACUCCGGCCUCAGUGCCGCCGCCAUCACGGACUUCCUGUGGGACAAGCGCACGGGCCUCGCCGCCAGAACGAUGCCUCAUCCUCGAAGGUACCACUCUUCAGAGAGAGGCAGCCGGGGGAGUUACCACGAACACUAUCGGAGCCGAAAGCAUAAGAGACGAAGAAGCCGCUCCUGGUCAAGCAGCAGUGACCGGACACGGCGGCGCCGACGAGAAGACAGCUACCAUGUCCGUUCCCGGAGCAGCUAUGAUGAUCGUUCAUCCGACCGGAGGGCGUAUGACCGGCGAUACUGUGGCAGCUACAGGCGCAACGACUACAGCCGGGAUCGGGGAGAAGCCUACUAUGACACAGACUACCGGCAUUCCUACGAAUAUCAUCGGGAGAACAGCAGUUACCGCAGCCAGCGCAGCAGCCGUAGGAAGCACAGACGGCGGAGGCGGCGCAGCCGGACAUUCAGCCGCUCAUCUUCGCAGCACAGCAGCCGGAGAGCCAAGAGUGUAGAGGACGACGCUGAGGGCCACCUCAUCUACCACGUCGGGGACUGGCUACAAGAGCGAUAUGAAAUUGUAAGCACCUUGGGAGAGGGGACCUUCGGCCGAGUUGUACAAUGUGUUGACCAUCGCAGGGGCGGAGCUCGAGUUGCCCUGAAGAUCAUUAAAAAUGUGGAAAAGUACAAGGAAGCAGCUCGACUUGAAAUCAAUGUGCUGGAGAAAAUCAAUGAGAAGGACCCUGACAACAAGAACCUCUGUGUCCAGAUGUUUGACUGGUUUGACUACCAUGGCCACAUGUGUAUCUCCUUUGAGCUUCUGGGCCUUAGCACCUUCGAUUUCCUCAAAGACAACAACUACCUGCCCUACCCCAUCCACCAAGUGCGCCACAUGGCCUUCCAGCUGUGCCAGGCCGUCAAGUUCCUCCAUGAUAACAAGCUGACACAUACGGACCUCAAGCCUGAAAAUAUUCUGUUUGUGAAUUCAGACUACGAACUCACCUACAACCUAGAGAAGAAGCGAGAUGAGCGCAGUGUGAAGAGCACAGCUGUGCGGGUGGUAGACUUUGGCAGUGCCACCUUUGACCAUGAACACCAUAGUACCAUUGUCUCCACCCGCCAUUACCGAGCACCGGAGGUCAUUCUCGAGUUGGGCUGGUCUCAGCCUUGUGAUGUGUGGAGUAUAGGCUGCAUCAUCUUCGAAUACUAUGUUGGCUUCACCCUCUUCCAAACCCAUGACAACAGAGAACAUCUAGCCAUGAUGGAAAGGAUCUUGGGUCCUAUCCCUUCCCGGAUGAUCCGAAAGACAAGGAAGCAGAAAUAUUUUUAUCGGGGUCGCCUGGAUUGGGAUGAGAACACAUCAGCUGGGCGCUACGUUCGAGAAAACUGCAAACCACUUCGGCGGUAUCUGACCUCAGAGGCAGAGGAACACCACCAGCUCUUCGAUCUGAUUGAAAGCAUGCUAGAGUAUGAACCUGCUAAGCGGCUGACCUUGGGCGAAGCCCUUCAACACCCUUUCUUCGCCCGCCUUCGGGCUGAGCCACCUAACGCCAAGUUGUGGGACUCCAGUCGGGAUAUCAGUCGGUGACGAUCAGGCCCUGGGCCCCUCUGCCACUCUAACAGCAGUGGGUGUCCAGUCCAGGACACUGGUGCUUUUUUAUACAAGAGAACAGAGCCGGAGCCCACUUCUUCCUACUGGCUCCCUAUGUACCUGUGAAUAUGUGAAAUAGUGUAAAUAUGAAAGAACUUGGACCUAUCGCUUCAACCCCUGCCUUGUACAUAAUGCUAUUCCAUCUCACACUCUUCCCACCCUCACUUGCCCCUUCACAGAUGAGUUGGAUGGGGGCAGAAUGAGGUAACCAGAUGGCAUCUAUCCCAUGUUUUAUAAGGAAUUUUGUACAGUCUUUGUGAAAUAAAAUGACGUGCUUCAUCUGA